UCGCUUCUAUCCGAUCAGUUUGGGUCAGAUGACAAACCGGAAUUGUGUGAUGGUUGUUUUGAGACUUAAAUGUGCUUCAACAUGAAGCAAAAGACAGGGUAGAAAAACGAAAAACAGGAAUGGAAAAUUCACCAGGUCAAUAUAUCUACGGUUGGGAAUGAACUCUAUGGGUAUGUUGGAGUCAGGAAAAUUUCAGGAAUUGGGCUCUGAGCCUCUGUUCUCGGAUAUAUAGAUACGGUCUCUACAUGCAUGUAAUAGCUAACAGUCGGAUACUUAGCUAGCAAGUUGGUAUGAAAUGCACAACUAAUAAAGAAAGGUUGCCCUAUCCCAGCCAUCAUGUGAAAUCUCAUAUUGCUUACAUAAUCGAUCACGUUCAACACCUUCCUAUUUGGAUUAUUUGCCGCGGCUGCAUCGCGAAUAUGACAUCUCAUAAGUCCUAUUUUUUACAUUCUAACAUCUUUCUUGAGCAGCUUCACUGCGAACAUGAGCUGAUUGUGGCCCAAAUCCUUCAGCGGCAUCACAUUGUAUCAAAUAUCUAUGCUGUUUCGCAACUAUCGGUUUCAUUGGUUCAGGCAAUUGCUCUUGGCGAUCGAAAUUUCUGCUACAACAGUGUUCCCAAGCUGCCUUCCAGCACAUGCGGAGGAAGCUUUAUGAACUUAAAGUCUGUUCAUCAUAGCCACUCAACGGACGAGCAUACAAGACCACGAGACUUCUCCUUUGGUUUUCAACCAGAGACUUCAAUCAACAAGCACACCUCCAGAAAUCGAUAAAAGCAAUGCGAUCUCGUAUAUGCACCGGAAUUUUUUGACCACGGCUCCGAAUCAUCACUUCGAUUAUUUUGUUAGAGCCAGGUAUGGAGAUUAGCGGUUUUCGCCACCGUUCGAGAAUAUCCAGUUCAUUCAUCAUACACGGCUCUUGGGUAUAAAAGUGCUCUUUUCCUCACACCCACCUGCAAGCUAUAUCUACAUAACAAGCGGCGAAAAAUUUGCUCUGAUGCAUCUGGGAUAUUUUACCAUUACGAAGUGAUGUUGGACGCACAAGUUACAGCUGGCAGAAAAUAAGUUUUGCGCUUUAGCCUCUUUCGUGGUCCAAGCCAAUAGAGCCGUAUGUAUCAAUGAGUCCUUUGACCGUUAUUCGUCGCUCAGCUGGGAUGGAAAGAAGCCUCAUUUCCCCGAGUUCAAUUUAGUUGCAUUCCGAUUCUAAAGGCAUACAACUCAUGAGCUUAUCCACGCUUCUCGUGGUCCUUUCUUGAGAAAAUACAGGUGAACGAUCAAGCCUUUAAAGUGCCAAAAGUUCUAAACUCAUCUUUCAUUCUAGGACGGUCAAUGCACAGCUCCAGUAAACAUGGUUCUAAUUGGACGAUAUUUAGCAUGAUUCAAGUGAUACCAACUAUCUAGAAUAACACUGGGGCUCAAAAAUCACUGCUCGUGUCAGCACGGCUUUUUUGAAGGCAUCAAAAAAAUUAGAUCCGACGGACUUGGCGCUGAGCUCAGAAUUGUGAGACCUCUUGCAACCAGUAAUCCAAAAGCUAGGAUUCCAUUUCUAGCAGUUUUAAACGGACUAAGCAACGGCGUUGCUCGGAAUUUCGGAUGGAUAUUUGCUGCUAACACGAAAAUCAUCUAUGUCAUCGGUGUCAAGACUUGUAGCAUAUCAACGAGAGAAUACUGUAAUCACAAUCAUGAUAUAUUACAUGCAGUUCUUCCGACGAAGCGCUAUAAUCAUCAAUUAUCAUGAUAUGAAUUAUCAGGUGUUGGCGGUGGC